CAACCAGGGCGGCGGGGCUGGACCGGCCCGAGGGGCUGCGCGCGGAGGCGGUGGUACAGCCUGGAGUACCCAGCAGCUGCGGGCGGCCGGGGACCCUGGACCCCUCCUCACACUGAGCCUGACCCAGGUUGGCUCUAGACCAGAAGCCAGGAAGCCCCCACCCAGGAGGAUCUGAGGCGCCUCCUCCUCCCAUGUAAACAAGAAGGGGCUCAGCAGCUCAUCUGGACCCUGCAGAAGAAGGGGCUCAAAGCACCUGGCUAACCACCCACUCCUCCUUCUUGCCCAAGAAAGGAAGGAAGGAAGCCCUGCUUCCCAAGGAUGACACUAAACACUCAGCAAGAAGGAAAAACCCCCCUUCGUCGGCGAGCCAGCACUCCACUGCCCCUGUCGGCCCGGGGCCACCAGCCUGGCCUCUUGGGCACAGCAUCUUCCACACGAUCCCAGCAUCCCCGGCUGGGCCAAUCAGCCUCCCUCAAUCCCCCCAACCGGCAACGUUCACCUGCUCCCAGCGGUUGGUCCUCUGAAUCCAGCGACUCUGAAGGCUCCUGGGAAGCCCUCUACCGUGUGGUACUGCUCGGAGAUCCUGGCGUAGGGAAGACCAGCCUGGCCAACCUCUUUGCGGGAAAGCAAGAGCGGGACCUCCAUGAACCGCUGGGAGAAGAUGUAUAUGAGAGGACCCUCACGGUGGAUGGAGAGGACACCACGCUGCUGGUCAUGGACACCUGGGAGGCGGAGAAACCGGAUGAUAGCUGGAGCCAGGAGUCAUGCCUGCAGGUGGGCAGCGCCUACGUCAUCGUGUACUCCAUCGCAGACCGGGGCAGCUUCGAGAGUGCCUCUGAGCUCCGCAUUCAGCUGCGGCGCACGCAUCAGGCAGACCACGUGCCCAUCAUCCUGGUGGGCAACAAGGCGGACCUGGCACGCUGCCGCGAAGUCUCUGUGGAAGAGGGCCGCGCCUGCGCUGUGGUGUUUGACUGCAAAUUCAUCGAGACGUCGGCCACGCUGCAGCACAACGUGACGGAGCUCUUCGAAGGCGUGGUCCGCCAACUGCGCUUGCGCCGCCGCGACCUCAGGGCCCAGGGGCCACCCACGCCACGACGGCGGGCGAGCCUCGGCCAGCGUGCUCGUCGCUUCUUGGCGCGCCUAGUGGCCCGCAGCGCCCGCCGCCAGGCACUCAAGGAGCGCUCCAAGUCUUGCCACAACCUGGCCGUGCUUUGAGGCUGCCAAUCUGCCAGGGAUAGCGAGACACGGGUGUACUCUAGGCUCCACCAAUGCCGCCGAGGGGCAGAGUCCCGGUGACCUGGAUUCUGAGUCGUGGGCCUUGCCCACCCACUGCCGCAAUGGACAGAGCAUCUCCCCCAGCCGCAAUUUCUCGGACUUCUGUGCCCUGGGAAAAUGAUGGACAGACUAUGGGGCCAAAGCACAAAUUGGUUUUUUUAUAUGAUGUGUGUCUUUUUGUAAGCAGUCUUCGUUGUCCUUGGGCUCUGGCCUACCCUCAGAAACCACCCCGUCCCAAACCACCCCCUCCCACCAAUAAACCAGAAAGAUGUCCAGUGUCA